AAAAUAUAUUCUAUAUUUUUGUUCAUACGAUUUAAUAGGUAAACAUAGUAAAAAAAUAGAUCAAAAAGCUGAAACCAUUGGACGCUUUUAAGCGUGAGCGUCGUCAGUGGUACGGAUUAAUAAUAUCGCAUUUUGGUUGCACGACACGAUACGACCAAGAAGUGAAGGAGGAGGAGGAGGAGGAGAAAGAGAAAUAGUAGAAAGAAGAAUAAGAAAGAAAUAGAAGGAAAAAGAAGGACGCAAAAGAAUAAUAGAAGAGAGUAGAUAGGAGUCCAAAAAGAGAAGGAGGUAUUAUAUCAACGUAAAUAAUUUGUAGUUAAUGACAUUAAGAUUAGAACGCACGCGCGCUAUUUUUACACAUUGAAGAAAAUCGUUUUGUUAGUCGAUCUAAACUAUUCCCGUUCUAUUCCUUAAUUCCACCCACAAAUUAAUAUUAUAUUUUGUAAAAAGUCAACAAGGCAUAAAGGUAAUAGCAAGACGAACUAGUACAAUAAAAACGGACUAACACUGCUACGACGUUGGCAGCGUUAAUAGCGACUGCAGCGACUACAGCGACGACAACAACGACUAAACGAAGCUUUAAUAACGACGACUACGACUACGACUACGACUACGACUACGACGACACGACGGCGAGGACGACGGGGACGACGAGGCAGGAAGAGGAAGAUAUACUACUGCCUAUAAUAAGUGGCCAUUCGUGUUUAAUACCUGAUCGUCGUCGUGAUUAGAGAAGAUAAACACGCGUACAUACGUACAGACGACAGACGACAGCGACAGACGACAGAUAUACAUACUUAUACAAAGGGUUAAAAUAAAAUUAAACAAAUAUAUGUUGUGGGCGUCCCCCGAAAAUACGGGGGCACUUGAUGGCAACAGAAAUUGGGCGAAUUGCAAGCAAAUAUCAUCAUCAAUCCUCGCCGUGCGCUAAAGUAGUGUCGUCGUUCUCAAGUCGUCCGAGUGACGCUAAUAUUCAGAAUAGAUUGCAAGUUGCUGAACUGAAAAACGCACAGCAGCAACAGCAAGAAGAAGAAGAAGAAGAAGGAGAAGAAAAAGAAGAAGAAAAAAAAGAAGAACAACAGCAGCAAUCAUCACCACCAUCACCUCCAGCAUCAUCGCCGCCACCGCUACAGCAGCAAGAGCAUCAUCAUCACCAUAAUUAUCAUCAUCAACAACAGCAAAAGCAGCAGCAGCAGCAGCAUCGUCGUUAUCGUCAGCAACUGAUGAGCAGCGACCCCGCGCGCGAAAAUACGCAGACACUUGUACAACAGCAGCUUCGUAGACGGAGCUUAACCGCUGGUGGAGCGCCGGUCAAAGUAUCCGCGGAAAUAACCUCGACGGCGGUACCCGCCUCCGAGGUACCUAGCGCAGUCAAAACGACCAUCAAUAUUGGCAUCGCAAUGAACCACGUUAACGAUCAGGAAAAUCUUAAGCAGCUUAAUCUGACGCCGGUUCAGGUUAACGAGGUCGAGGAGAUGGACACGCAAGAGGAAACACCAAAUGAUGGUGGUGGGGAUACAAAUGAGAGCCGUCCUAUUAAUGGAGAACAAGAAUUAGCGUGUAUAGUACAAGAUCAAGAAAUGGAGGAAGUUAUCUCCUUAUUAGAUGAAGCAAGGUCGGAAGCCACGUUUCGGUACACAGUUGAAACUAUUUCAAAAAUGAAAGAAUCUCAAUUGUCGCCCGCUUGUUUUGUUCGUAACUUACCAUGGAAAAUAAUGGUGAUGCCAAGAUCUAGUCCAACUCAAGAAAGGCAGUCACAAAAAUCACUUGGUUUUUUUUUACAAUGUAAUGGUGAGAGCGAAUCCACUUCAUGGAGUUGUUCUGCUACGGCAGAACUUCGAUUGUUAUCUUGUAAAGAAGGACAACCACCUUUUAGUAGAAAGAUACAACAUCUCUUCUAUAGUAGAGAAAACGACUGGGGAUUUAGUCAUUUUAUGACAUGGCAAGAAGUAUUGGAUCCAGAUAAAGGUUAUAUCAAAGACGAUUCUAUAACUCUGGAGGUUCAUGUAAUAGCUGAUGCACCACAUGGUGUUUGUUGGGAUAGUAAAAAACAUACGGGGCAUGUAGGUUUAAAAAACCAAGGAGCUACAUGCUAUAUGAAUUCUUUACUUCAGACCUUGUACUUCACCAAUCAGUUACGCAAAGCAGUGUACAAAAUGCCAACUGAAAGCGACGAUUCCAGCAAAAGUGUAGCAUUGGCUUUACAGAGGGUUUUUCAUGAAUUGCAAUUUUCUGACAAACCUGUUGGGACAAAAAAGUUGACUAAAAGUUUUGGAUGGGAAACGUUGGAUUCUUUUAUGCAACACGACGUACAAGAAUUUUUACGCGUGCUGUUAGACAAAUUAGAGAGCAAAAUGAAAGGUACGUGUGUAGAAGGUACAGUGCCAAAAUUAUUUGAAGGAAAAAUGAUGUCCUUUAUCAAAUGCAAGAAUAUAGAAUACAAGUCUACGAGAGAAGAAACUUUUUACGAUAUACAAUUGAACAUAAAAGGAAAGAAAAAUAUAUACGAAUCUUUUAGCGAUUAUGUGAGCACUGAAAGUCUUGAUGGAGAUAACAAAUAUGACGCGGGAGAGCAUGGUUUGCAAGAAGCAGAAAAAGGUGUUAUUUUCUCAUCGUUUCCACCUGUAUUACAUUUACAUUUAAUGCGAUUUCAGUAUGACCCGGUUACAGAUUGUUCAGUUAAAUUUAAUGAUAGGUUUGAAUUCUAUGAAAAAAUUAAUCUCGACAAAUACUUGCAAAAUAAAGAUCCUGCAAGAGGAAGUGCAGAUUAUACUUUACACGCGGUUCUCGUACAUAGUGGGGACAAUCAUGGCGGUCAUUAUGUCGUAUUUAUUAAUCCUAGUGGAGAUGGAAAGUGGUGCAAAUUUGAUGAUGAUGUCGUCUCGCGCUGUACAAAACAAGAGGCCAUUGAACAUAAUUACGGUGGUCAAGACGAGGACAUGUCUAUGGCUGUGAAGCAUUGUACGAAUGCAUAUAUGCUGGUUUAUAUAAGGAACUCCGAGUUGGAAAACGUCUUGCAAGAAGUUAAAGAAGAGGAUAUACCUCAAGAGCUGGUGGAGAGACUUCAAGAGGAGAAGAGGCUGGAACAAAUACGAAGAAAGGAGAGAUCAGAAGCGCCCUUAUAUAUGACAAUUAACGUUCUUCUUGAGGAUAGCUUUGAUGGUCACCAAGGAAAUGAUCUCUACGACCCGGAACACGCAUCAUUUCGUAUAUUUCGCGUACGUAAGCAGGGAACUGUCCACGAGUUUCUUGAACUUCUAAGCGAUAGUUUGAGAUAUCCAAUAGAACAGAUUCGCGUUUGGCCGUUUAGUAUACGUACGAAUCAAACCUGCAGACCAACGUUGAUUGAGCCAGAAGCAGAUCUUCAAAAAUCAUUGUAUGAUUGUGCGGAUAAUGCGAAUCCUUGGAACGUAUUUGUAGAACUCGUACCUCCGGAUUCAGAAUUGACAUCGUUACCACCCUUUGAUAAGGACACUGAUGUCUUAUUAUUUUUUAAACUGUAUGAUCCUAAAAAUAAGAAAAUUCAUUAUUGUGGCCAUCAUUAUAUGCCUGUGGUUGCGAGAGUUUUGGAACUCAUACCAAUUUUAAAUGAAAGGGCUGGAUUUCCACCGAACACAGAACUAGCUUUAUAUGAAGAAAUCAAACCAAACUUAGUUGAAAAAAUAGAAAACCUGUUGGAUCCUUUGGAAAAAGUACUCGAAGAGUUAAUGGACGGUGAUAUUAUAGUAUUUCAGAAGGAAGGAGAUAAUAAAAAAUAUGACCUUCCAACUUGCAAAGAAUAUUUUAAGGACCUAUUUUCCAGGGUAGAAGUUACAUUUUGCGAUAAAACUAUUCCGAACGAUCCUGGUUUUACAAUGGAGCUUUCAUUAAGAAUGUCAUACGAUCAAAUGGCUAAUGCAGUAGCACAGCGUGUAGGCACAGACCCAUAUCUUUUACAAUUCUUUAGGUGUCAAAGUUACAAGGAUUCACCUGGAUCUGCAUUGAAAUGUAAUUUUGAGGGCAAUCUUAAAGAAUUGUUUUCAUACAGUAAACCUAAAGUAAAAAAAUUAUUUUACCAGCAGCUUAGUAUUAGAGUUAACGAACUUGAAAACAAAAAACAAUUCAAAUGUAUAUGGGUUGGGCCAUCUUUAAAAGAAGAAAAAGAGAUAAUACUUUAUCCAAAUAAAAAUGGAACUGUCGCUACGUUACUGGAAGAGGCUAAGAAACAAGUUGAAUUAUCUGAAAAUGGUUCAGGAAAAUUAAGGAUAUUAGAAAUCAAUUGUAAUAAAUUGUUACCUGGUCCUAGAGACGACGUACUUUUAGAUACCUUAAACAUGUCAGGCGCUAAAAUGUACAGGAUAGAAGAAGUACCAACUGAUGAGCUUAAUCUUGCGGAAGAUGAAAUGUUAGUUCCAGUUGCGCAUUUUCACAAAGAUGUUUUUUCAACGUUUGGUAUACCAUUCUUCUUUAAAAUCAAACACGGUGAACCAUUUCCAAAGAUGAAGGAAAGAUUAUUGAAAAAACUUGGUGUACAAGAAAAGGAAUUCGAAAAGUUUAAGUUCGCGGUGGUUACGAUGGGCAAACCAAACUUCAUUGUCGAAACUCCGGAUUAUUGCAUGGACAUCGCCGAUUUUCAAACUCAUCUGAGUCAAAAUAUUUAUCCACUUUUAAACGCAGGCGCAUCGCCACAUAGGCCUUGGCUCGGCCUGGAACACGUCAACAAAGCGCCUAAGCGCUCACGUAUCAACUACCUCGAAAAGGCCAUUAAGAUUUACAAUUAAAAUUGUUCGUCGUACCAGAUAGAAGAUGAAGACGAUGAAGAUGAAAAUGAUGAAAAUGAUGAAAAAGAUGAUUUGAGAUUAAGCAGCCACUCAUAUAAUUUAUACGAUUGUAUAGUAAGAAGGAAGACUCCUCGAGUGUAUCUAAAAGAAAAACAAAGAAAAUACUAUCCUCUCUCCCUCCUCCUCAUCCUCCUCCCCCUCACCUUAUUGGAAAUGUAUGAAAUGUACUAUUCGUUCAUACAGCUAGUUAUUAAUAAAAACGUGCGAUUUUAAAAUUGCCGUAGACAGAGUGAGAGAGAGAGAGAGAGAGAGAGAAAAAAGAAGAAAGAAAGCAAAGAGAAAAGGAGAUGAAAGGAAAAUUUGAAAAACAAAAUGCUUUGUAUACGACGGUUGUUUCAAAACACAAAAGAGAAAAGAAGACAAACGGAAGAGACUACUCUGCAAACGAAAGACACGGAAUGAUAUUAUACAUAUUUUCUGUGUCAUAAAGAAAAAAAAAAUCAUGAAUUAUUAUUAUAUUGAUAUACGGAUUAUAACAAUUUAUCUUUCAAAACUCUAAAAAAAAAAAAAAAAAAAUAAUCAUCAUCAUGAAUUUUAUGCAAUUUCUUGGAUCAACGACUAAGAGACGACGAUGACGACAACAACAACAAUACAACAACUAUACGACGACACAACGACGACGACAAUGACGUUGACGUUGACAAUGACGAUGACAAUGACGAUUUAAUUAUUGUACUUCUUAUCACCUGGUGUAACAGUAAAAAUGAAUGGAUAUAACAACAACAACAACUACAUCGAGAGGACUACUACUCUAUUUGCAAGAUCAAUUUUUAUAUAUGUAUAUAUAUAUAUCUUUGCCGCGCCUGAAACAAAAAAAAAUCGAUUGCUUCAACUGUAACAAACAAAAAAAAAAGAAAAAAAGUGUGCGCUGCUUUAAAUCUGUUUAGCAAUAUCUACCAACCAAACGUAUGUAAUAUUUUAACUGAGAUAUCACAUGUUUGAGAAUCACAUUAAAAAACAUUGUUCCUCAUGGACAUAUGCGCCUUAUUAUCAUCAUCAUCAUCAAACGGAUUAAUGACGAAAGUAAUCGGAGUUGUGUAUUUAUAAAAAAAAAAAAUCAUGUAAUAGUAGCUUUACAAAAACACAGACCGAAUUUA